AUGAGAGGGCAAUUUGUUCGCCGGCAAACAUCUGACAGGGGAUUCCCCAGAAUAAUAUCUUCCUCAUCCAUGGAUGCCCAGGAUGAUCUUUCUGCCAUCGAGAAUCAGGUGUGCAAGCUAAGUGAUGUUUGCAUGAGAGGGCAAUUUGUUCGUCGGCAAACAUCUGACAGAAUGAUAUCUUCCUCAUCCAUGGAUUCUCGGGGUGAUCUUUCUGCCAUUGAGAAUGAGGUGCGCAAGCUAAUCGAUGAUUUGAGAAGCGAUUCCAUAGAAUGUCAAAGAUCAGCGACAUCAGAGAUUCGCCUUCUAGCUAAGCACAACAUGGAGAACAGGAUGGUCAUUGCAGAUUGUGGGGCUAUAAACUUGCUGGUUGGUCUUCUUCAUUCACCAGAUGCCAAGGUCCAAGAAAAUGCAGUGACAUGCCUCCUCAAUCUGUCCAUCAGUGAUAACAAUAAGAUUGCCAUCGUGAAUGCAUAUGCUGUUGAUCCUCUCAUCCAUGUCCUGGAAACAGGGAACCCUAAAGCUAAAGAGAAUUCAGCAGCUACUUUGUCCAGUCUCUCGGUUACUGAAGAAAACAAAGUGAGGAUCGGGCGGUCUGGUGCCAUCAAGCCUCUCGUGGACUUGCUGGUAAGUGGGACCCCGCAAGGAAAGAGAGAUGCAGCUAUUGCAUUGUCUCAUUUAUCCAUACUUCAUGAGAACAAGGGUCGCAUUGUGCAAGCUGAUGCGGUGAAGCAACUAGUUCAGCUAAUGGAUCCUGCUCUUGGAAUGACCGGCAAAGCUGUUGCUGUCUUGGCAAGUCUUGCUAUGAUACCAGAAGGGAGAACUGCGAUUUGGGAGACGCGAGGUAUUCCAGCUCUUGUUGAAGUUGUCGAACUGGGUUCAGCGAGAGGGAAGGAAAAUGCUACCGCGGCAUUGCUUCAGCUAUGCACAAACAGCAGCCGAUCUUGCAGCGUAGUUCUUAGAGAGGGCGCCGUGCCCCCUUUAGCCGCACUGUCACAGUCAGGAACACCGCGAGCAAGAGAAAAGGCACAGGCUCUUCUCAGCUACUUCCACAGCCUGAGACGUGGGAACUCAUUAAGCGUUUCCAGGUGGUUGACCGGUGCUGCGCAUUUAUAG